UCAAACUUAUUAGCUGUCAAAAUACCAUCUAUUAUUUUUGCUAUUGGAACGAAAAAUUUUCUAGUUUAAGUUUUAAAUUGUAGACACGAUACACAGGAUUUUUCUAUAAGUAAUAAGUUACGGGAAAUAGUAGAGUGAAUAUGGAGUAAAAGUUGAUUUCAGCAAGAUUUAAAGUGAUAUCCAAAUAAGGUUACUAUCACGUACAAGGAAUGCUAUAUGAAAAAUGGAUACAUUAAGACGGUCAUGGAAACUUCAAGAGUUUGUUGCCCACAAAGCAAAUGUCAACUGCUUGGCCAUGGGUCACAAAUCAAAUCAGGUGUUGGCUACUGGAGGUGAUGACAAAAAAGUUAACUUGUGGGCUAUAGGAAGACAAGGCUGUUUGAUGAGUUUAAGUGGGCAUACUACUCCUGUUGAAUGUGUUUGUUUUGGACAUUCAGAGGAUUUGGUAUGUGCUGGUUCACAAACAGGUGCUCUAAAGAUAUGGGAUUUAGAAGCUGCAAAAUUGUUACGAACUUUUACAGGACAUAAAGGAGCUAUUAAGUGCAUGGAUUUUCACCCAUAUGGAGAUUACUUAACUACAGGAUCUUGUGAUAGUAAUAUAAAAUUAUGGGAUACUAGAAAAAGAGGAUGUAUUGUCACUUACUCAAGUCACCGGCUAGCUGUAAAUAGUCUUCAAUUUAGUCCUGAUGGACAGUGGAUAGCAUCAGCAUGUGAAGAUGGGUUGGUGAAAGUUUGGGAUGUAAGAAUAGGUAAAGUGUUGCAAGAGUUUGUGGAACACACAUCAGCUGUAACAUGUGUAAAGUUCCACCCACAUGAGUUUCUUCUGGGUAGUUGUGGUACUGACAGGACAGUUAAUUUUUGGGAUAUGGAGAAAUUUCAAUUAGUGUCCAAAUUUGAAAAGGAAAACACCUCUAUAAGGCAUAUGGCAUUUAGUGAUGAUGGUGCAACACUCUUGGGAUGUGGAAAUGAUGGGUUGCAUGUCAUUGGUUGGGAACCAGCAAGGGUUUUAGACACAGUUGCUGGUCAUUGGGGACAAAUACAUGAUAUGACAGUUGCUCAAACACAACUGAUUGCAGGCUCAUUUCAUUCUACAUAUGUGGUGUUGUCAGUGGUUGAUCUCAAUAAAGUGCAUCCAUUUGGUGGUCCACCGCCAGCUGCACCAACAGUUGUCAGAGAUCUUUCACCAUUCCAAAAGGGUCACACGGUCCGAAAGAGUUUUUCAAAAGAAAAACCUGCUAAAGAAGUUCUUCAUAGACCAACACUUCUUGAUGAGAAGACAGCGGAAGAAUCCACUUCAGGGACAGAAGCAGACGAGGACUCAGGUGCCAUUAUAUCAAAUAUUAAUGACUACACUGAAAUAUUUCGACCCUCUAGAGCAUUGACUCGUACCCCACCUCCCGCUACAAGUUUAUCAUCGGAAGACUUUUCUGUCACAUCACACGAAUGCAAGCUAGAAGGCUCGGUCAGUACGUCUCUCCGUGACCUGAUGCUGGAUGAACCUCCGCGCCCUCCACCGCAACCCUCGCCGCCGCAGAGACAGAGACCGGAACACUGCUCACGUAUACCCACCCCUAAAGAACACUAUGUGGUUCUUGAGAAGAGAACUGAAUUCCCGCGUAUAAUAGACAGCAAUAAGGACGAAAGCUUACUAACAAGUGUUCAAACAACAACAAUAAAUGACUUUAGUGUAAACACUAUACCAACACCAACUUUAAACAGGCAUAACUCAUAUAAAGAAACAAAAUCAAGUACCAACAUAUCUGGAACUAAUCUGCGACAGAGUAAUAGUGAAAUAUCACUGGGACCAACUUCUUUAGGUCCAAGAUCAUUGUCAUUCACAAGAGCGUCUAGUCAAAAUUCCAGAACCAGAGUUGAUGCUGUAGCUCGCGAGCGUGUGACAAUUAAUAGAAGUGUAGAAACUGCAGUGGAAAGGGAUCCUGAACCAGAAUUUGUACCAUUAUCCAUUGACAAACCUGUUGGAUUGGAUCUUGAUGACUUUGUGCCUCGCGGUCUGACCGCGUGCGGGGUGAGGCGCGGCGGGCGCGGUGCGGGCGCGGAGCCGAGCGAGCAGGAGGUGCUCGGCGUCAUGAUGCGCGGCCACGACUCCAUGAUGGCCGUGCUCGCGGCCCGCCAGAGGGCGUUGCAGAUAUUCCACUCCGUUCGAGUAAAUAAAAGUCUGAAAUCAGCAUUGGAAUCCGUCAUCGCUUUAGAAGACGCAUCUGUGAUACUGGAUAUUCUAAACGUAAUGGCGCAUCGACCGUCAUUAUGGAAUUUAGAUAUAUGCCUACUAAUGCUGCCUAAGAUUUAUGAGUUAUUGCAAAGUAAAUAUGAAUCAUACAUGCAAUGUGGAUGCAAUGCCUUGCGGUUGAUAGUAAGAAACUUUUCAUCGGUGGUUCGCGCUAAUGUCAGCGCACCAGUUCGCACACUUGGCGUCGACAUCCCUCGAGAGGAACGCUAUGCUAAAUGUGCUCAAAUCCACCAGCUUCUACUUGAUAUUCGAGCCUUUUUGCUCAAGCGACAAACACUACAAGGUCGACUAGGUGCUGCUUUCCGUGAUUUGCAUACUUUGAUGCAACAAGGCCUCGAUUGAUAGAAUAUAUUGUAAAAGAAAUACACGCUUUGAAGUCUAUGCACACGACAUCUAAUAAGUUAUAACUUGAUUGUGUUAAUGUGAGAUCAAUAAAAACUGGGUUGUUACAUGAUGAAGUGGGAACAUACAAAAUAUUUUCUUCUAAGCGUAGUUUUGGCACUGAUUGUAAAUUAUGAUUAUAUUUUAAUUUAUGAAUUAACUCAAAGAACAGCUGAUGUGUUCUAAAUAUAAAGAAGAUUCAAAAUUAUACACAACAUGUGUAUGGGUAAUCACAUGUAGUUUGUACAAGGACACCCUUGAAUUCACAAAGUAAUUAAAAUGGUUAUUAAAUUAAUGGUACUAUAGUAAUUUAGAAGAGUUUGGUAAAUGUAAUACCUUGACAUAUAAAUUAACACUUGAUUUUAAUAUUAUUAAAAAAAACUUUC